AUGGACCGUAAGCGCCCCGAGCUCCAUGACCCGCGCGUGCCGCGCUUCCCCGUGAUCUACAAAGAGCCGACAUCCGAGCAAGUACGGGAGAACAUGAGCCGAGCCGAUUUUAUCCAGAGUGCUAUCGUCGGCACUGUCUGUUUUCCACUCGGGUACAUUGUCGCUCGCCAACUGGACCGCAGCCUCGCGCGUCCCGGCAUGUGGUUCACGGGGAUAUUGGGUGCAGCAGGUAGCGUCGCGCUGGGCUUUCACAACUCGUCACUGCGUCUGCAGGGCUUCGGGCGCAAUGACGAAGAGGUGGCACGUUACGGGCCGCCAUCGACACAGCAGCAGCCAUAG